AACUGGCAGUGGAAUAUAUGUAACAAAGUUCAGAAAUCGGUCACAAAUAAACAAAACCUUAAAAAUUUCAUAAAUUAACGUAAAAAAAUAACUAAAAUUGGAACUAAGUCUGUCAAUGUCACAUGUAUAUACGUCAUGAAGCUAACCUAUAAAAUAAAACAUAAACAAAUCGUUUUAAUAAAAGAAAAAAGUAAAUAUUGAUUUAUCCCAAUUAUGUCCUCCCCAGUGGUAUCUCCAGUGCCGCAAAAGAAGCAUAAAAAGCACAAGAGCGAGAAAAGAGAAAAGGAUGAUAAACCUGGUCUAAAAUUAAUUCUGAAAGUUGGAUCUCAAACAACUCCAGAGCAUAAUCCUGAUUUUGGACAAACUUUGCCUUUAGUAGGAGAAGGAUUGGAGGAACAAAUGCAAAUUGAUCCUAACGAUCCUUAUUUCGGUCUUUCUAGAAGCCAUCAUAAGAAAUCCAAGAAGAAGAAAAAAAAGAAAGACAAGAAUAAGGAUAGGGAGAAGAAGCACAAACAUCAUCAUAAAGAUAAAAAACGAAAGCGAGAGGAAAAUGAGGAAAAUAAUGAAGACUUAUCUAUUUAUCCCCAAAUUGGGAGUCCUGGACGUGAGCUUAGAACUUGUGUGAUAAAAAAACUUCAAGAAAGGACCCCUUUGUCAAAAGGUUUAGAUCACUUAUUGACUCAAUUAGAGAAAAAAGAUCCACAGAACUUUUUUGCAUGGCCUGUAACUGAUAAUAUUGCUCCUGGAUACUCUACAAUUAUCACUAAUCCUAUGGAUUUUAGUACAAUGAGGCAAAAAAUUGAGGAUAACCAAUACAAUCAUUUAGAUCAAUUCAUUGAAGAUUUCAAACUUAUGUGUACUAAUGCAAUGAAAUACAACCAUGUAGACACAGUGUACUACAAGGCAAGUAAAAAACUUCUACAAGCUGCUCUUAAAGUCAUGGUUCCUGAAAAACUCGGUUGGAUGUUGAAUUUGGUUCCAGAAAUAACAAGUGAAGAUGUUGGGUUUGAAAUUACAGCUGAGCUGAGAGCUGUCAAACAUCAAGAUGAUCAUGAAGAUAGUGAUCACUCACAUGAAAUGAAGAAAAAGAUGCCUGUUACUAAGUUUGAACCUGUAACUGAUGAAUUGACACCUGAAGAGAUAUUGACUAAAUCACAAAUUGCUGCAAGAACUGCUAGGGCUAAACUGUUAAUGAAACGUGGUGUUCCUACCAUGGGUUACCUAAAACAAAAGAAGGAUGGAAGCACCCAUCUCAAUAUACUGGUUGGAGGGGAUGGUGUCAUCCCCGGAACCAAAAAAAGACCAAUUCUGUUGGGACAGCUGUGUGGGAAGAUCAAUGAAGGUACCAGUCAACUUCAAGGGUUUAGAGAGGAUAGAAGGAAUUCUGCAAAACCCAUCAAACCUUUGUAUUACGGAGCUUUUGGGUCUUAUGCUCCAAGUUAUGAUUCGGCAUUUUCAAAUUUGAAUAAGGACGAAAGUGACAUGGUAUAUCAAACUUAUGGUUCAGAUACAGCUGUUCAAUACGCGGAAAGUUUACAAGACUUUGUCAAAGAUUCUGAUUACGCCACACAUCUGGUGGACUCGCUUCUUGACUUACUAACUGGUGGUGAUCAUUCUAAAACCAAGAAGACUAUAGAAGACAACAAAAAUCUGAGAGAAGAAGAACAGGCAGUGAAAACGAUGCUCGAGGUUAAACCCAUGGAUGCUGUAAAGGUUAACGUGGAUGACUUGAAGAGUUUGAAUGAUGUAGGCAUCGAUGUUGCCUUCCUAGAAAACAUGGACGACGAAAUCCGGGUAGCGGAAGAACGCCAUGAUCUCCAACAACGCCUCGACACAAUGUGCGAACUGCUGGAGAAGCUCCAAAACAGUCAAUACCAACGACUGUCUGCUGUACCACCGGCUAACCUCAACAAUUGCCUGCCCGCUACCGAAGAAGAGAACCAAAUAGCCGAAACCAUCACCGAGAAUCUGUCCAAUAUAGUCAAGAGGGUAACUCCAGCUGAAGUGGCUCCUGUGCCGGCUAUAAGGAAGGCUAUCGGAGUGCCUAUAACAGACGUUCAAUCAACUACGAGCGAAGUGGUGAACAUUGACCUAGAGUCUGAACUGAGGCAGUAUUUGGAAAGCGAUCCUACUUUGGUGCAGAGCCCUUUGAGAGACGAUAAAACUAUCGAGGAAAUUUUAAUGGAGUGAUUGUUAUGUUUUAGGUUAAGUUAUUUGUAACGUAUUUUUUUUUAAACGACAUCUCAAAUGAAUGUCUUUCUAGGCUUUUAUAAAAGCUGACAUGAACAACUAAUUUUUUUAUCCAGAAUAACUUUAUUUUAGGCUGUAGUAAUACAUGAGUAUCAAUGGAUUUUUGACUGGCGAUGACUUGAAAAAUGAAAUGUAUUGCUGAGUUGCGUAAUAUUAUAUGAUAAUAUAGGAAUUUUAUUGAAUAAA